AUGAAUAAGGGAUCUGAUCAAGCAGCAUUCACUGUGGGAGAUCUUGAUGAAGUGACAAAGUAUGAAGCAGGACGAUACAUUAGCACUUUUGAGGCAGUUUGGCGAAUUCUGAGUUUUCCUAUCCACGAGAGAUUCCCUCCAGUUAUGCAUCUUGCUAUCAACAAUUCCAAAACAACACUUAUGGCUUUUUUUGAACUUUGUAAAGUGGACAAUUUUGCGAAAAAAUUAUUAUAUUAUGAAGUUCCAGCUUAUUAUGUCUGGAGAAAACACCAGUUUCACAGAAGAAAACAAGGAAAAAUUGUGCCAGGUUAUUUAGGUAUAAAAAAAGAUCAUGUUUUAGGCAGAGUGUAUACUGUCCAUCCUACCAAUACUGAAUGUUAUUACCUCCGUCUUCUUUUGCAUGAAGUUCGCGGUCCAGAGUCAUUUACGGCUUUAAAAACUAUAAAAGAUGUAAUCUAUCCUACAUUUCAAGAAGCUUGCAGAGUAAUGGGAUUGCUCCAAGACGAUGCUCAUUGGGAUCAAACUUUAGCAGAAGUCUCAAUUUCUGAUUCAUCUUACAAAAUACGUGAAUUGUUUGCUGUUAUGUUAGUUUUUUGCCAAGUUGGAGAUCCGAUUAAAUUAUGGGAUAAAUAUCGAGAUAAUUUCACGGACGACAUUAAAAGACGAAUGAGUAGGAAUCGCGAAAACUCUGAGUUAGAUCUUGAUAUUGUUUACAAUCAAUGUUUGAUUAAUCUUGAAGAUAUGGUCAUUGCUAUGUCAGGUAAGACUCUUUUACAAUUUGGACUCACUUCACCAUCUCGAGAACAAGAAUCUGUUAUUAUUAAUCAACAAUAUUUAAAUGAAUUAGCUUAUGACACUGCUAAGUUAACCGAAGAAGUGAUAAAAAGUGUUCCGAUACUGAAUAAAGAACAGAAAGAAGCAUAUGAAUCUAUAUUGAAUAGUGUCGUUUCUGAUUCUGGACGAUUGUUCUUCCUUGAUGCUCCUGGUGGAACGGGAAAAACAUUCUUGAUUAAUUUGUUGCUUGCGAAAAUUAGAAGUGAAAAAAGUAUUGCUAUUGCUGUUGCUUCUUCAGGAAUUGCGGCUACUUUAUUUUACGGAGGCAAAACAGCUCACUCGACAUUUAAAUUACCUCUUGAAAUGAAUCAUUCUGAUAAUAUUCUAUGCAAUAUUUCUAAGCAGAGUGAUAUGGCUCACGUUAUCAGAGAAGCAAAACUGAUAGUAUGGGAUGAAUGCACUAUGGCUCACAAAAAUGCUAUUGAAGCUUUCAACAGAACUCUUAAGGAUAUAAGAAAUAGUGACCGAAUAAUGGGUGGAAUAACUGUUGUUUUAGCUGGUGACUUCAGACAAACUUUACCUGUUGUACCACGAGGUACACGUGCAGAUGAAGUCAAAGCCUGUCUCAAAUCCUCAGUUUUAUGGCCUCAUGUUAACGUACUGUCUUUGAAAAUUAAUAUGCGCGUUCAUAUGCAACAUGAUUUGAGAGCAGAAGAAUUUUCAGAGUUACUCAUUGAUAUAGGGAAUGGACAAAUUUCAGAAGUUGACGGACGAAUAAGUAUUCCGGAUAACCUAGGUGAUAUUGUUGAUGAUUUAACUACAUUAACUGAUAAAAUAUACCCAGAUAUCAAUAAAAUUGGAGUUAAUUACUCUUCAUGGCUAAAAGAAAGAGCUAUUCUGACUCCAACGAAUGAUUCAGCAAAUAGCAUUAACAACUUUCUUCUGGAAAAGCUAUCAACUAAUCAAAUGAAGUAUAAAUCUAUUAAUACAGUCGUAGAAGUUGAUGAUGCUGUCCAUUAUCCUGCCGAGUUCUUACAUACACUCAAUCCACCCGGAAUACCAUCUCAUAUUCUCAAUCUUAAAAUUGAAGCACCAAUAAUGUUACUGCGCAAUUUGAAUCCUCCAAAACUAUGUAACGGUACUAGACUACAAGUGAAAAAUUUACAUAAAAAUAUUAUUGAAGCUACAAUUUUAACAGGUAAACAUGAAGGAGAAGUCGUAUUUAUUCCAAGAAUUCCUUUGGUUCCAUCUGACUACCAUUUCAACUUUAAACGUCUACAAUUUCCUGUUAGGGUUUGCUAUGCUAUGACUAUCAAUAAAGCGCAGGGGCAGAGUUUAAAAUUAGCUGGUGUAGAUUUGAGACAUGAUUGUUUUUCUCAUGAAAAUAGUUCAGAAAUCCCUGAUAUUAAACAAGAAAACUUAGAUUACGAGUAUAUGGACUAUGAGUCAGACUCUGAGUCAGAAAUGCUUAGUUCAACACCCAAAUUAAAAAUCAAAUCCGGUAAUGAACUUAAUGACCUUAUGCUCAUACAUAGUCUCAGCACACAUGACUCAAACAAUUCUCAAAUAUCAAGUCAAAAUAAACGACAACCAUCAUUUCAGACUAGAACUGAGAGUACUUCAAAGUUGUCGUCGAUAACAAGCGUUAAAUCAGAAACUUUACCUUCUGAUCCCAUAAUCACUUGUAAUUCUAAGAAACAGUCAUUUUUGUCACCAUCUAAAUCAUUAAUACCGACCCCUACAACGUCAACGACCAACACCGAAGAAGCUUCAACAUUUAUCACCCAACUCAACAUUGGCAGAAUUCCUAGACCAACAAUGGUUCAGCCUGGCAUAACUUCUACAGCUCCAACACUUAUAGUAGCUGUACCCGAUCCGUCAGACAACAACGUGGCAGCCAAAUUUAAAGAGCUCAUGCCGCAUGACAGAAGCCACUUGACUUCACUAUCUCAACCAAACUUCAGGUUUACUUAUGAACAACCUGAAUGA